AAAAGGAUACUAUCGUUUUGUUUGCGAUAUCGAACUUAUUACGCUUCUACCAACAAAUUAUAAAACAAGUGGUCAAAGGAGGUGCACUUGAGCAAACCCUUAUUGAUUUACAAAAGUCUAGUGAGGAGAUUUAUUUGAACUCGCUCUCCAAACAAGUCCGCAGCAUUCUACAACGUCCAGCCAGCGCCAAUUUAGGUCUUGAACCGCCGCAGCGGGAUUUGGUACCACCAGCGAGUGUUGGUCGCCUUUUGAACAUGCUCAAAGAGAUCCUAUCAGUAGCUACCAUGGUCGAUGGUCGACAAACAGACAUUACAAAGAUCGUAUCUUGUGUUAUAGAUCCUCUGUUGCAAUCAGUACAGGAGUCGGCUUCACAUUUACCUACAAUCGAUAUGGCUGUCUAUCUUCUAAACUGUCUCUAUCAUAUGCAAAGCUCAUUGGCAGUGUACGAAUACAUGGACGAACGCGUAGAGCGUUUACAAGCACAGUCAGAUGCACAAAUCGACACGCUAAUUUCUGAACAAGCAUCUUCUUUGGUGGCCAAUCUAAAUCUAGGUCCGAUCUAUACAAUACUACAAAACAAUCAAACCAAAAUUGAGGCGAAUUUACUUAAAAUAUUCAUGAAUAAAAUGGAAGCUUUCUUAGAAAUGCCAGAAAUGUUACUGCUGCCAGUUGUUAAUGUCCAGUGGUCAUCGCAACUCUGUGCAAAAGCGAGCUUUCAACGUUAUCGUCGCUAUAUACAAGCAAAUAUACGAACGUGUUCACGAUCCGGCAAACGAUUUCGACAAUCCAGAGUCUAUAUUUAG